AUGCAAUUCAUCGGUUUUGUUGUUUUAAUAUCCACACUGCUGGUAGGGGUGAAAUGUAAGAAGGAUGUAAAUUUCAAUCCCAAAGUAUUCAAGCAUUUAUGCCGAACUUUCACAAACACGCUAGCAGUUUUAACAACACACAUUGGUCAAAAACUAUAUUUACACGAGUUGGGGGAGGGUACUGGAGGCAAAUUAAUGUUGCUACAUCAUAGGCUUCUCGAAUGUGAUACGGCUUGUAAAUCGAUUGAAGCUAUUGUAGUCCCAGAUGACAUAGGAAAUCAACCAUUUAUAGUUGAUGCUGCAUUGGGUCCAUACAGAAAAGUAAGCGAAAGUGAACGCGAACAAAAUGACGUAUUGAUUUUCAAUUUUAUAGAAACGGCUUUUGACGCGGUUGUUCCUCUUAUUGAACUUAGUAAAGUAGUUGCAGCAAUAGCUUUUGUCUCAGGCGAUAUAGCGGGAGCAGAAAAAUAUAUGGAAUCCUUCUUAGCGAGAAGAAGUGGAUUCAAAAUGAAUACUACAAUCAUAUCAAUUUCCAUCACUUUAAUUCUCGUAAUAUCAAAUUACUUAUUUGGAUAG